CUUCACUCUCAGUUGUAAGAAUUCCCUCUGAAACCAUGGCUAAGGCAAUGACUCUGCUGUGGGGGGCUGGAUCGCCUCCCUGUUGGAGGGUGAUGAUUGCUCUGGAGGAGAAGAACCUGCAGGGCUACAACCAAAAACUGCUGUCCUUCGAUAAAAUGGAGCACAAGUCCAAAGAAGUGUUAGAUAUAAAUCCCAGGGGACAGCUUCCAACAUUCAAACACGGAAACACUAUUGUGAACGACUCCUAUGCAGUCUGUUUUUACCUGGAGAGCCAGUUUAAGUCCCAAGGAAACAAACUGAUCCCGGACAGCCAAGAAGAACAAGCUCUGAUGUACCAACGCAUGUUUGAGGGUCUCACAUUCUACGACAAACUCAAUGCGGUUAUCUACUACGACUGGUUUGUUCCUGAAGGUGAGAGACAUGAAUCGGCUCUGAAUAGAAACAAAGAGGCUCUGACCACUGAACUCAAACUCUGGGAGGGUUACCUGCAGAAGCUGGGCUCAGGCUCUCAUGUGGCAGGACCGUCCUUCACACUGGCAGAUGUGGUCAUUUUUCCUACAGUUGCUUAUCUUUUCAGAUUUGGGCUGUCUGCAAAGCGUUAUCCUAAACUGGGAGAGUAUUACAAUCUGCUGAAGGAUAGACCCAGUGUCAAAGCCAGCUGGCCUCCUCAUUGGCUGGAGAACCCUGAGGGACAAGACACACUGAAAGACAUCUGACAUUCAUGCAGACGUGAAUGAAUGUCACAUAAUAAUAUUGCAGCUUUUGUUUGUGUGUAUAUCGAACAACAGUUUCUGUUGACUGAUACAAGUUCAGGUUCCAUUAACAGCAGUUUUUUUUUGUUGUUUGUUUGUUUUUAAUAUGAGAUGUCAUGUAGCAUC